AUGCCACCGCUCCGGCUGCUCCGACGUGUCAUAGCAGUCCGCCUCCGGCUGCUCCACCUCAGACAAGAGCUAUGCCUUUUUGUUGGACGGCUGUGUACAUUGCAAGCAUCAGUUCUCAAGCCUCAGAUCACCAUAAACAGUAGUGGUGGUAUAGUACAAAAGCAACGAAAGAAGACAGCCGCAGGCGCGCCAGCUGCUCCGGCGUCUAGCAGUACAACCAGAGGCGGGAGGCAAUACAAAUUCGGUCCAUCGUCUCUCAAGCCUCUAGAGAAGUUAUCAUACAAGAGGAGCGACGAGGAAAACCAGAAGACCUCUGAAGGCCAAGUGAACGACCUCUUUCAGUCAGUAAAAGCUAGUAAACAUCCAGCUCCGGGGGAGAAGAUAGAUCCGGUGAAAGCGAAGCGCACUUUGGAUGCCCUGACGCGAGCACCACCGCCUCCGCCGCAAUCCAAUUAUGACCGCAUUAUUGAAAGGACAUACAUGGAAGCGGAGUGGUCGGGAAGUACUUGCACUUAUCAAAGGAUAGCAGAACAAAGGAGAGGGAAACAAAUUCUCCAGCUCGGAGAACAAGCGAAGCAAUUGUGCCCUCCGCUCAAUGUGUCUAGCGAUAUCGUCGCUAAUCUUCCAGGGAUGCUGCCCGGUACCAAUCCUGGAGAUUACAUGCCCGAUGAUGCACUUUUUGAUACAAUGGAGGUGGACACAUUAAAAUACCAGCACGGGAAUCCUCUCGUCAAACCUGGUACUCCUCUAACAACAAUGAUGCGAAGAUUCCAUGAUUGGUACAUGGACAUCUGCAGGAAGUCUGGGACGGAUACUUUGACGCUGAGAGUUAAAGAGGAGCAUGAUCUCGUUGGAAUUGAUCUGUUGUAUGUUCCAUAUGAGGAGUUCUUCUAGUUUUUCAAUCAAAAGGCCCUCAAUAAAACAAUCGUCACUUGCUACUGUCUAUUGAAGAUCGCUGAAUUGAAGAAAAGACAAAUAGGUGAUAUUCGGUUCAUUAACAUUAAUCUCGUGGAUGAAUGGAGUGUUAAACAUGAUGCCAAACAAACCGAGGCUAACUUGCUCGCAUCGUUACUUUGAAAUCAAAACAAAGCUACAAUACUCUUUCCUUAUGAAUACAAGUGAGUGUUAAUGUCUUGUGCAUAUUCGAUUUCCCUUAUUGCUCGAGGUUAUAGUAAUGUAAUUGAUGAGUUAUGCAUGCGUGCACAGCUUCCACUUUAUUCUUCUAGAGAUUAAUCUUGAGCAG